AUGAAAUUGAAACUCAAAUGCCGCAGUAUCAAAUGUGACGAUCGUCUCUUCAGUUAUCCACCUAUUCCCAUUUACGAAGUUGAACAUAUCUCAAUUCGUCAAUCGGAUCUCGCUUGUUUGGAGGAAGGGCAACAAAUAAAUGAUGCAAUCUUGGGUUUCUAUCUUAAAUACUACAAUAGAGUAAAGAAUUGGACAAUAAAUGUGAACAUUUUCGAAAAGGACUUUCUAAUUAUACCAAUUCAUAAAUCCUGUCAUUGGUUUUUGGCGAUCAUUUGUUAUCCAAGAAAAGUUCCUCUCCUGGACGAAGUUGCAUUCAAUGAGAAAAGUGCUAAAAGACCUCGAAUACUUUUCUUAGAUUCACUUCAAAGUGCUAAUCAUAAAUGUGGAUUAGCUGCACCAUUACGACACUUUCUAGCUAAGGAAUGGGAGUCAGAGAAAACGACGAAGAAAAAUUUUAGUAGAAGGGUAAUGCCUGAUAUUUAUCUCAAGGUGCCUAAGCAAAACAAUGAUUUCGACUCAGGUCUCUAUGUACUACAAUCUAUUGAGAAUUUCCUAAGAAAUCCUGAACAGCUACUUGAAAGAAUUUACAAAGACUCGGCUAUUAAUCUAGAGAAUUGGUUCUCUCAUAGGCUGGUUUCGGCUAAACGACGAACUAUCAAAAGAUUAAUUAAACAACAGCGAAAAGCUGAAGAAAUCAAGAAAAAUAGUCUUUGCGAAAUUGAUAAUUGCAGUUCUUCUUCUUCUUCUUCUUCUUCUUCUUCUUCUUCUUCUUCUUCUUCUUCCUCUUCUAUCCAUAAAGUUAUCAUCUUAUAAUGAACUUUUCAUUAUUUUAACUUUAAAGUUUUGUGAUUGUCCAACUUUUUUAAUAUACGAAAAAGUUUCAAAUCUUAUCAAUCAAACAAUCUUCAUGUAAAAAAGAGGCGAUGUAUCUUCAUUUAAGAAUCACAAAGGUAAAGAACCAAGAAUCAUCCAGUCCAACUCGUAACUCAUAUGUAUCUGAUUGAAUAGUUGAUGUUUUAGCUGUCAAUUGUUAAUUAUUUCAUUCCUAUUAUCAGUUGUUGGUAUUGAUAAAGGUGAAUUAGGAUCAUUGUAACCACCCGGUUUAAGAAGGAUCCUCGAAGGAAGACCAAAGGUUUCACCCUAAUUCUUAUUGAAUCUGGCGAUCCAUCACCCGAUUAACCUUUAAAUGGUUAUGAGGAUGAGCUUGUUUUAAAUAUCUUUGGUGUAAUGGUUACGGUGAUGUGAUU